UUUUCACUAGGCCCAUAUAAGGGUAAAUUUAAAUACCCAAGUCCAUUAAUUAGUUAAGUCACGUGGAGUCACGUGGAUAGUCUUCUUCUUCUUAUUCUUACAUAUAAAACCCCUAAAGUCUUCAGAAUUAUUUUAGCCGCCGCUUAGUUCAGUAUCAAAUUGAGGAAGCAAGCAUGGUGGGAUUUAAGAACAGAUACAUGUUAAUGGAGGUUUUUCUGGAUCCAGACAAGGAUCUUCUCGGAGAAGGAACUCCAAUUAUUCUUACACAGUUCAAUCUAUCCAAAGCGAUCAAAGACAGCAUCCUCGUCAAUUUCGGGGAGUGUGGUUUAGGUUCGUCUCUGGGAUCCUUCCAGGUGAAAUACGUGAAUCCAAUCACGAAGCUAUGCAUUGUAAGAUCAUCAAGAGAGGAACACAGACAAGUGUGGUCGGCAAUCACGUUGGUCAAAAGCAUCGGAAACUGUCCGGUGGUCCUAAACUUGCUAGAUAUCAGCGGUUGCAUUAGAGCGUGUAAAGAGACGGCCUUGAAGUGCGACAAGGAGAAGUUUGAGCAGUCUAGUAAAAGCUUGUCUGAAGAGGAGAUUCGGCAGAUGAACAGUUGUCUCGAGAAGAUCAAACUUUUGGAAAACUGAAACUGUUUCUUCGAAUUAGAUAGACCCACUAAGUUUUGAAAGUGUACAAUCUUUUCCCUUUUAUGUGUAUUUUUUUUUUCUGAAUUCUGGAAUACAAAAGGGAUAUGGAAACAUCAUCAUAUCAUCAUCCAUGGGAAUAUUUGUAGUUCGGAUUAUUGGGUUAUCUCUUCUUAAAACUAAAAAAGAGAAAUUAUUUGUGAGA